AAAAGCCGAGUCCGCCAUGUUGGUUCCGUCACCACGUGAAGACUCCUGAUCCAAAAAGACAGUGAAGUUUUCGGGGGGUGUAAUUUAGCAGAACCCGAUCCGGGAGAGGAUUCUCAUCACAGCCCAGCUGCAGCUCUGAUUCAUGUUAAUAGCACAGUGAGAGCAGUGACAGCAAUGCCCUCAGUCACACUGCCGCCCAAAGAGAACGCUCUCUUUAAGAGAAUAUUGAGAUGCUACGAGCACAAGCAAUACAGAAACGGCCUGAAGUUCUGCAAGCAGAUCCUGUCCAACACCAAAUUUGCCGAGCAUGGGGAGACCCUGGCGAUGAAGGGACUGACGCUGAACUGUCUGGGAAGAAAAGAAGAAGCGUAUGAUCUGGUCAGAAGAGGUCUCCGCAACGAUCUGAAGAGUCACGUCUGCUGGCACGUGUAUGGUUUGUUGCAGCGAUCUGAUAAGAAAUACGACGAAGCUAUUAAGUGCUACAGAAACGCCUUGAAAUGGGACAAAGACAACCUGCAAAUCCUCCGAGACCUCUCGCUGCUGCAGAUCCAGAUGAGGGACCUCGAGGGGUACAGGGAGACCAGGUACCAUUUACUCCAGCUGCGUCCGGCUCAGAGAGCAUCAUGGAUCGGUUACGCCAUCGCCUAUCACCUGCUGCAGGACUACGAGAUGGCUGCCAAAAUCGUGGAGGAGUUCCGUAAAACCCAGCAGACAUCUCCAGAUAAAGUGGACUAUGAGUACAGUGAGCUGCUGCUGUAUCAGAAUCAAGUGCUCCGAGAAGCCGGACUUUUCAAAGAGGCUUUCGAUCACCUGAUGAGCUACGAGAAGCAGAUCUGUGACAAACUAGCUGUAGAGGAAACCAAAGGAGAGUUGUUGCUGGAGUUGGACCGGGCGAGUGAAGCCACAGAGGUUUAUCGCCACCUGCAGGAGAGAAACCCUGAGAACUGGAGCUACUACCAGGGACUGGAGAAAGCUCUGAAACCUGGGAGUGUGGAGGAGAGGCAGCAGAUUUACGAGGAUGUCUGGAUAAAGUUCCCUAAGGGUUUAGUGCCCAGGAGGCUGCCACUCACUUUCCUCACAGGAGAGAAGUUCAGGGAGUGUCUGGAUCAUUACCUGAGGGUGAACUUCAGUAAAGGAUGUCCUCCACUUUUCACUACGCUGAAAUCUCUCUAUCACGACAAGGAGAAGGUGUCGGUCAUUGAGCAGAUGGUAUUGAGCUAUGAGGCAAGUUUGAGAAGCUGCAGAAUGUUCAGCCCAAAUGAUGACGGAAAAACAGAGCCUCCCACCACCCUUCUGUGGGUUCAGUAUUUCCUCGCCCAGCAUUUUGAUCAUAUUGGACAACACAGCAUCGCUCUGGAGUACAUCAACACGGCCAUCGAAAGCACCCCGACGCUUAUAGAGCUCUUCCUCAUCAAGGCUAAGAUCUACAAGCAUGCCGGAAAUAUUCAGGAAGCUGCACGCUGGAUGGACGAGGCUCAGGCACUCGACACUGCAGAUCGCUUCAUCAACUCCAAAUGCGCCAAAUACCUGCUGAAGGCAGGACUGAUCAAAGAGGCCGAGGAGAUGUGCUCCAAAUUUACCCGGGAAGGCACGUCGGCAGUGGAGAACCUGAACGAGAUGCAGUGUAUGUGGUUUCAGACCGAAUGCGCUCUGGCGUACAAGGCCAUGAAUAAAUACGGAGACGCGCUCAAGAAGUGCCAUGAAAUCGAGCGACACUUUGUCGAAAUAACAGACGACCAGUUUGACUUCCACACGUACUGCAUGAGGAAGAUGACCCUGCGCUCUUACGUGGCUCUGCUCAAGCUGGAGGACGUGCUGCGCAUGCACCCCUUCUACUUCAAAGCCGCACAAACCGCCAUCCAGAUCUACCUCAAACUCCACGACAACCCGCUGUGUGACGACAACAAGGAGUCGCAGGCAGACAACAUCACCUUGACGGAUAAGGAGAUGAAGAAACUGAGGAACAAGCAGAGACGAGCGCAGAAGAAAGCUCAGCUGGAGGAGGAGAAGAAGAACGCAGAGAAGGAGAAACAACUGAAAAACCAGAAGAAGAAGAAAGAGGAGGAUGAGGAGGAGAUUGGUGGACCUAAAGAGGAGCUCAUACCUGAGAAACUAGCUAAGAUCGACAAUCCCCUGGAAGAGGCGGUGAAGUUCCUGAUUCCUCUGAAGAACCUGGUGACGAACAGAAUCGAGACGCACCUCCUGGCUUUCGAGAUCUACUUCCGCAAAGAAAAAUAUCUGCUGAUGCUGCAGUCAGUGAAGAGAGCAUAUGCUUUAGACCCAGACCACCCCUGGCUUCAUCAGUGCCUCGUCCGAUUCUUUAAAGGAGUGGCUGACAGUAAGAGUCUGCCUCAGCCUGUACACACCGUCCUCAAGCAGGAGAUCACGCGUCUGUUUGGAGAGAGUGACCCCAAAACCUACAACAAAAACUUCCUGAGCAAGCACUCCAACUCCAUACCUCACAGAUUAGCAGGCGCUAAGAUGAUGGUGUACCUGGAUCCUUCCUCUGAGAGCACGGCCUGCGAGUUGGCUACAUCACUGGACAAGUCUCUGACCGGCAGAACCAUAAAGACGUGCACUGAGGUGUUACAGGCCUUAAAGGACGGCAGCCUGGGUUCAGAACAGCAGAAAGUUCUGGAGUCAUACCGCGCUUCCUGCCACGCCCUCUUCCCUUAUAGCCUGGCCUUCAUGCCGCCCGGUUACCAAGACAACGCCACCAUCACCACCAACGGAGACUUGUCAUCCGGCGACCAUGAGGAAGUGACCAACGAGAUAUAAGAAAAAAAAAAAGUGUGUUUUGGUUUGUUUGGUUGGAUUUCAAAAUGCCUGACAUGUGACUCUACUGUAGAAACCGGACCCGGGACUUCUGUCCUGCGCCGUGGAACUUCUGUUUUUACGUUAGAUUUAUUAUUAUUAUUAUUUUUUUUUGGGUUUGCUUUCUGUCUUACUUUUAUCAUUCACAUGCCUCACGACUACUCUUUAAAGAAAGAUCCGAUACCAGAGAGAACAGAACUGAAUCGAUUUGACGGACUCGACGGCUUGUCCUUAGGUUUUUAAGAGUAAUUUAUAUGAAAGAAUGUUGGAGAACAAAAAAAGAGAGAGAGAGGAGCGGCGAUCAUGUCAGGUGAUCGUGUGCCAGAUGUGAGGGGCGGAGUUUGACAGGUAAAGGUGCAAGGGUGGCGGAAAAAGGGGCUGGGGGGGUGGGGGUGUAGGUGUUAGGGGUGAAAGACUUGCAGAUCCAGCGAGGACUUCCUGCUCAGCUGCUACAGAGAGACCGUCUCUUUCAUCUCUCUUCGUCCGCUUUUGUUAUCAUCUUCCAGAUUUUCAAUGUUCGCUGUGCUUGUAAUCAUGUGCCCCUCCUCCUCCUCCUCACUUCCUUUAUUAUUAUUUUUAUUUUUUUUUUUGUAAUAAUUGGUUAUGAAAUCUGCCGCCAUAUUUUCAAGAACAAAAGCCUGCCAAUCAUACCGCUGUCCGAACCCGGGACCUUCAUUUCAAGCCUUUACAAAUAAAAACACGUGUGAUUUGAAUUACAAAGGACAAAUAAUAUACAGUGAAGUGCAGAAGUUUGCACACCCUUUGGACAAAAAAACAAAAUAAAGAACACAGAUUUAUGUAACAAA